AUGAUAGAUGGAGCUAUAAUUGAUAACUUCAUGAAAGUUAUUGCUGGAGGUGCUGAUACAACCACAACCACAAGUUACUUAAUUGCUUAUUCAAUGGCUCAAUACCACGAAUUUUCAACUCCCUUAAUUUCAAACCUGUCCUAUCAACCUCAAAUAAAUAAUACAUUUGAAAGUCAUGAAGAAUUUGUAGAUAAAAUCAAGAAUUAUGCAUAUGAACUUCGUUUUACAAUUAGGCUUGGAAAGGUUGAAUAUAAUGGUUCUAGAAAAACAAAUUCUAAGGAAUCUGAAGAGAAUUCUUCAACAAUUACUGUAGAAAAAAAAUUAGAAAAAGAACAUUAUUAUGCUCUUGAGCUGAUCAUACUGAAUCAAAAGAUAACUCAGAAAGUGGAUAUUUAUAAAUGCUUUGAAAAAAUAGAUAUUCAAAAGUUUCUUACACAUUGGAAAUUAUUGAAAACACUUUAUUGUUCUGCAUUAACAUAUUUGUUACGCAUGGAGAAAACAAAAGAGAAAUGGGUUGGAUGUUUUAAUCAUGAUAUAUUUAUGGUUGACAUGACUACUACUCAACAUGGAGAAUCUAUGAAUAAUAUGAUGAAUGGUUAUUUAGAUGCAAGUUUCAUAUGUCGACAUAUAUUUCGAUCUGCAAUACAAUUAAAUUUAGAAGAGCUUUCAAUUAGUCUUUUUUAUGAACGAUGGAGAAAAAAUCCAAGUGAAAAGAAUCUUAUUAAUACUUAUACCAACUUUUAUUCUAUCGCAACUUCAACAAUUCUAUCUUCACAACAUUUAUCUUUAACAUUCAGUAAUGGAUCUGAUGACUUUCAAUAUAUGCUUACUCGACUAUUACAUAAGAUUCAGCAAUUUGUAAUACAAAAUCCUAAUAUAGCUAAAACAUUAUAUACUUCGAUUAAUACAAUAUAUAAUUCUGAAAUUGAAAAAAUAAAUAAAAUACAAACACCAUCAAAUUUAAAAGUUAUAUCAACAAUAAAAAACCCAUUGGUAGUUCAUGGAAAAGAACGAUCAUCUAAUAAGAGAAUUACAAGUACAAUGGAAUCUACUAGCAAAUCUAAUAGGAAAAAAAAAUUUAAUGAAAAUAAUAAUAGAUUUACACAAAAUACACAACAAUUACUUGAAAAUCAAUCCCUUAAUAUCUUACCUUUACAACAAUUUCGAUGUCCUAGUCCGCCUUCUACUCAAUUUCAAUUUUUUUCUGAAACUGAAUUUAUUUUUAAUGAAUUAAAUUUGGAAGAAAGUCAAGAAAAAGAAAAAAAUGAGCAAUAUUUAUAUUGUGGAGAAAUUUUUUCAAAUCCAUUACCAUCGAAAGUUUUAGAAUAUUUAAAUGAUAUUAUAUCAGGAAGAAAACUUAUUCGUUUUGUAAUUGACCAGCAAGAAUUUUGUCAGAUUCAUAUAGGAGAAGUAAGGAUUAUUCCUUAUGGGAUUGCUAAAGGAUAUCUAUUACAUAUAGAUUUUACAAAUUUAUCUUAUCGAAUUACAAAUAUGAAGUCAGAAUUACUAAAAAUUAUAAAAGGUCAACGGUAUAGUGAAUAUUGUGUAAAUGCUAUCAAAAGAAUUCAAGAAAUUGGCACAUCAAAAGUAAAUAUGCCAUUAAUGCAAAUUAAAUAUUUUGAAAGUUUUCAAAUGUUUGUUCGAACUGGAAUAUUAACCACAGAACUUUGCGCAUCACAAUCAUCUUCUCAAUAUAUAGAUCAAGUUUUAGUUCCUGAAAUUGGUAUUAGACUUAUUUCAGAGGAUUUUAAAGUAAUUUCUUUAAAUGUUGCGAAAGACAUUAUGAUUGAUAGUAUUGAAUUUGGAUCAUAUGUUCAUGUUGGUAACAAUUAA